CCACUUACCACAAUUGGGCCCAUCCAGAAACCUCUUGGUCGCAGCCACCGCCUAGGGUUGCGCUCUCUCUUUUAUCCCAGCGCCGCCACGCCACCUUCCCUCCUCCCUCCUCGCCGCCGACGAACUCCCGGCCAUCUCCGCCAUGGCGUCGGAGAAGAAGCAGUCGAACCCGAUGCGGGAGAUCAAGGUGCAGAAGCUCGUCCUCAACAUCUCCGUCGGCGAGAGCGGCGACCGCCUAACCCGCGCCUCCAAGGUGCUGGAGCAGCUCAGCGGGCAGACCCCGGUGUUCUCCAAGGCGAGGUACACCGUGCGGUCGUUCGGAAUCAGGCGUAACGAGAAGAUCGCGUGCUACGUGACGGUGAGAGGGGAGAAGGCGAUGCAGCUGCUGGAGAGCGGGCUCAAGGUCAAGGAGUACGAGCUGCUCAGGAGGAACUUCAGUGACACCGGAUGCUUCGGCUUCGGUAUCCAGGAGCACAUUGAUCUUGGCAUCAAGUACGACCCCUCAACAGGUAUCUAUGGAAUGGACUUCUAUGUUGUGCUUGAGCGUGCUGGCUACCGUGUUGCCCGUCGUCGGAGGUGCAAGUCUCGCGUUGGGAUCCAGCACCGGGUGACCAAGGAGGAUGCCAUGAAGUGGUUCCAGGUCAAGUAUGAAGGAGUCAUCCUCAACAAGGCCCAGGCGAAUACCUCUUAAAACAUUUUCACCUGUAGGCUCAGCUGUUAGAAAAGCUUUUCCCUUGUUGGGCAGAAGUUCACCUUCCAAGUUUUAUGUUACUUGAUGAAUUUUCCGGCCAGAUGUUUUUGUCAAUUACCUGAAAGCUAAGAGCAUGAUCUGAUCUUACAUCAUCUUGUCCAAUGUCACACUUGUGCUUUUGCAUGGAAACAUGUAGCUACCUCUGAAUCUGAUCACCUACUUACAAUUGCAAGUUCAGGAAGGUAGUCCCUUCUAGAUUAGAUAUU